AAAAAAGUGACAACUGAAACCGUGCAAAACGGUCGCAAAGCGCAUUAAUAAUUGCCUUGCAGUUUUUGUUAGUUGUAGACUUGGUGCUAAUUAGAAUUAAUAAUUUAUAAAUUGGCAUAAUGUACAAUCAACUGCUGCUAUCGCUGGCGGUGAGCGCGGUACCUAUUCUUGCCUUUGCGUUUGUAGGUCUCUUACUGCUGCACAAACUCUAUGUGAAAAUUCGCUCAAAAUUUGACGCUACUGUGAACUGCUGGUUUUGUAAUCAAAAUGCGCGCGUACCUUACCUAGAGUCAAACAGCUGGACAUGUCCACAUUGCGAACAAUACAAUGGCUUCAACAAAGAUGGUGACUACAACCGAGAAAUUAGUGAAAUUCAACCGCUGGAUUCUAGCAACAUCUCAGCGUGCUCAAUAAGGCGAGACAUUUCAGGUGAUGCAUCGGGAUUAGCGCUAAGCGAGCCAAGGAAUGGUUUCUGUAACGAGUGCAAUGAAGCGCAGCGUCUAAAGGUGGAAAAGUUGGCACAGUUCGAGCCCAAAUACGAAUCGCACUUUGAUGAGGAACUCAAAGCAUUUAAAGUCAAAUUGGAAGAACAAUAUCGCCUGUGCAGGUCAUGUGAACAGCAUUUAGGAAAAGUUCUUCACGAAAAGAAAAAAAUGGUAUUGGGUUCCAAAUUUCUUGACUUUAUAAUAAAAGGCGCUGAAUCUUUAAAACAGCCACAUUUCAGACAAGUGCGUCAUGUGCAACGUCAGCAUUGGAAACGUCGUCUAUCGUUGCACAUAACACUACUGACCAUAGUAAAUCUAUUUUGUUUAUGCUACAUGUUGCCGACAUUAUCACGUGAGCAUUUGGAGGCCGUUUUAGGCGAUCGUGUCGGUAAACAGCUGUUCCUUGGAUUAUCACAUGUUUUAGCGCUCCUUCGUAUGUUAAAUACCUACAUUAGUCAUAUUUGCACGCAUCCUGUGUUGGAGAAAUGUAAAUUAUUUGGGCGUACAAUUUUCAUGAUGCUUUUGUAUUCGCUUGGAUUGAAAAUGCCGCAAAUGGCACGGAUUAAUUUUAACUCGCUAUAUGUGCUUACAUAUCCAUUUGCAAUGUUGGCUAUGUGCUUUGGUUACAAAAUCAUGGAUGGUUUCAAAUUGACACGUUUCACUUUUUUGUUGGCUCUGUGGAGUGUUUUUGCCGGAGGUUUAAUAGAAGAAAAACUAUAUUUUUCAACAAAUAUUUUAAUGCUCAGCGCGUCAAUGUUUACUCUUGUACUCACCUUGACAAAUGAAGUGGAUCUCUCUCCUAAACUUCACGAUACUAGUACGAAAAGUUUCCACAAAAUCUAUUCAGACGAUUAUCUGAGCGACGAUGACACAAUUAGCAUGUUAAGUACUCAGUUCAAUUGUAGCAACGCAAGUACUGUACGAUCUGCUUCAAUGCGUGGACGACCCUCGCCAACCCAAAAAUCACGACUUUACAAAUCACCAAUUACGUCUUCAUCGUUUUCUUUAAACAACAUGACAAACAAACAGUUUUCACCGAACUCUAGCUUCAAAUCCGCCUAUUGUGACCUGCAGCCGCAUUCUCAAUCCAUUCGCUCACAAUACGCUGCUUCAUCCAUUGGCGACUUUAACACUGCCCUCUCAUCAGCCACCUUGACUUCGCGCGAUCCCUAUUUCAUCUUGAAUACGGAAUUAAAUAACCAUGAGCGUGUUCGAUCACCAAUGUUUGGUUUAAGUGGAAAUAAUACAGGAAACGUUAACCCCAAUACAUCUCUUUUAAAUUCAACAUUUAGUGGCACAUCCAACGAAAGAGUAAUGCAGAAGCAAAACAACACGUUUUAUGGCCAACAUCGCUUUGGUAGCAAUAUGAGCCAUCGAAAUUUCACAGCCAACUCGGCUGCCUUGCACUCACCAUUCUCACUAUCAAACAAUACUGCAUAUCAACGGCGGCCAGCCUCAACAAAUUUACUCACCCCUUCGCGUUUCAGCACUACAAUGCUUGCCCAAACUACUGCACCCAACACCAAUUUUUUAUCAGCUGAAUUCAACCAAGUUAACACGUUGUUUCCAGAACCACGGCAACCCAUGACAACUAUUGGAGAAAAUUUGUCUCGUGCCUCAUCACAGUCUUCGGGGUUUGAGUCGCAAAACGACCGUUUGAAUGUGUCACGUGAGAACUCAUUUACCGCCGAGAACAACGAGAUCGCACAUCAUACUACUGGCUUAGAUGCUACACGCGCCUUUCAGCCAAUUGACGCUGGGAGUCGUACGGCCUUUUCGCCGCGUCCAUCGCUUUUAACUAACCCUCAUUUAGUGACGCCCCUGACAGUGAAUUGCGGUAUGGCUUCAUCAUUGGGCGUUAGCCAAACGCCGUCGGAGCUAUGGGCUGCGCCUGCUCAAAAAAAAAAUCUCAGUGGCCAAGAUAUUUUCAAUUUGCGUAAAAUAAAUGAUGAGCUGCCGCUGCCAACCUACAGAUACAAAAGUGGUGACUUACUAAGGAAGUGGAAGGAGAGCCAACUGAUUUCGUAGUCAUAGAAAAUUCAACACAAAUCAUACACAUAAUUCAUCUAGAUAUUACUAUUUUUAUCAUGUCAUAUGAAUAUCAAUUUAAUUUAUGAUAAUUGAAGAAAUUUUAUUUAAUUUGUAUAUAUAAGUUUACACAGUAGGAAAAGAGGAAUUUAACUUAUUGUUUAUGUAACAAAGUAGUAGUUCUUAUUGAAAUUUACAACAAAAUUAUUUAAUAAUAGCAACAAUUAUUUUUUACCUAAUUUUAACAAAAAAUUAAUGGACUUAAAUGUUAAUUUGUUAAUUUACAUUGCUUGACAACAUUAGUGCUUACAUUAAUGGUUUUGGAAUAUUAAUUUAUUUAAAUUUUUUUUUAUUUAUAAAUACAUAUUAAAACUCAGCACUGCCAUGCAAACGCUUGAAUAAAUUGUUUCUACAAGUUGUGAUGUUAACAAAAACUGCUAUGGAAUAAAGACUUGCAUAAGGCAAUUUUUCAUAUGAA